AUGUUCGACACGGAAAAAUUGAUUUUUGAAGUGGAACAACGGCCAUGUUUAUGGAAUUUGUCAGAAAAGUCAUACAGUGACAAGUUUUUGAAACAGAAAGCAUGGCAAGAGGUCGCUGAGAAUUGUUUUGAAGAAUGGAACAACUUGAGCAACGAAGACAAAGAAAAGAAAAUACAUUUUCUGCAAAAAAAAUGGAAAACCGUAAGAGAUUAUUACACGCGUGAAAAAAAAAAAGAAAAUGAAGAAAGAAGUGGUAGCGCAGCAAAGAAGAAGAAACCAUGCCCGUAUUUUGAUUUAUUGCAGUUUUUAAAAGUUACCAAACAGUCAAGGAACUCAUUUUCAAAUGUAACUUCUCCUGAAAACACUGAUAAUGAUAACGAUGACAGUAAUAUAACUGGCAACAACGACGAUGAAGAUCCUGAUGAACAAUCCAGAUCCACAGAAGCAGACUCACCACUGUAUCAACCGUCUACCAGCCAGCCAGCGUCAAUGCAAAAACCUGUAUACGAAAACCAGCCAUCGACGUCAAAGCAGACAGUGCCAUCGCAACCCGAGACAUCUGUAUCCCGAACAAAAAAUAAAAAACAAACACUGACACUGUUUCAAGAAUCUCUUCUCAAAAAGUUUGAUAAUGAUGAUGAUAAGGAUCCUAAUUGAUUAUUUUUAUUGUCUUUUUGCCGGAGAUGUCCAAAAUGACAGAAAAACAGAAUUUCGAAUUUCGCAUGGAACUUAUGAAAGCAUUAAAUAAAGUCAAGUACCAAAUUCCAGAACAGCACACACAAUCAAAUUGGCCUCAUUUUUCAUCACCCUUUUCCGAUUCCCACAGCAGUAAUCAAUACUACCCGACACCAGUAAAUAGAGGAUACACAACACAGGCAAAUGAAUAUCACUCUAAUGAAAUAAAUGAAUAUGAUGAAACAUAGAAUACUGUGCAGCUUGUUCAUUAAUCUUUAUAUUUAAGUAAAAUAAUAAUUAAAAUACUUUAAAACUUA